AUGGCGGACAACAAAUCAAAUUGUUUUGAUUCUCGAUUGUGGCAAGCAUGUGCUGGUACUAUAGUAAAAAUGCCUGCAGUUAAUUCGAUAGUGUUGUAUUUUCCUCAAGGACACGCAGAACAUGCCGGUGUAAAUGUUGAAUUUAGGAGUGACGUUAAGAUUCCAUCCUACAUUCCUUGUAGAGUUUUGAGUAUUAAAUACAUGGCAGAACGUGAAACUGAUGAAGUUUUUGCGAAAAUUAGAUUGACGCCUGUUCGUCUUAGUGAAUUUUUCGAAACGGCUGAUGAAGGAAUGGUGAAAAUUGGGUCGGAUAAUUCACGUAAACCUCUUUCGUUUGCUAAGACAUUGACUCAAUCAGAUGCUAAUAAUGGUGGAGGUUUUUCUGUUCCGAAAAAUUGUGCAGAUACGAUUUUUCCUACUUUGGAUUACAAUGUGAAUCCUCCUGUUCAGACGCUCUCAGCAACGGAUAUUCACGGGAAAUCAUGGCAAUUCAGACAUAUUUAUCGAGGAACACCAGAACGUCAUCUUUUAACAACCGGCUGGAGUACUUUUGUCAACGAAAAAAAGCUUGUUGCAGGUGAUUCCAUUGUGUUUCUAAGGAAUGAAAAUGACAAAAUUUCUAUAGGAAUUCGAAGGAUUAAAAAAAAGAGUGUUGCAAUUGAACCCGAGACUUCUCCUUGGUGGUUUCCAUCGGUUGGUAAUCUUACUAUACCACGCGGAGGAUUUUCAGCUUUUCUCAGAGACGAUCAGAAUACAAACUCGAGUUGGAGUUUGAUAAACAGGGGAAAUGUUAAAGCAGAAUCAGUUAUUGAAGCUACCAAACUUGCAACUAAUGGACAACCAUUUGAGGUUAUCUUCUAUCCGCGGAGUACUACUCCAGAGUUCUUUGUUAAGGCGUCACGUGUCAAGGCAGCAUUGCAAAUCCCCUGGUGCUCAGGAAUGAGGUUCAAAAUGCCCUUUGAAACUGAAGACUUAGUGAUAAGCUGGUUCAUGGGAACUAUUUCGUCUGUUCAAGCCAACGAUCCAAGUCAAUGGCCAGAUUCACCUUGGAGGAUGCUUCAGGUGACAUGGGACGAGCCAAAUUUGCUUCAUAAUGUGAUGUGUGUCAACCCAUGGCUCGUGGAACCAGUCUCAAACAUGCCCACCAUCAACUUUAAUCCCUAUACACCCCCACUAAAGAAACUUCGAUUAUCUCACACUUCGGAUUUUCCUUUAAAUGGUCCUCUUCCUAUGUCAGGUUUUCCCAAUAACCAUCUAGAAUUCUCUAUAGAUCCUCCUAUGCCCAAUGGUUGUCUUCCUAACAACACCCCUGUUGGUAUGCAGGGAGCCAGGCAUGCUCCAUAUAAUUUAUCAUUACCGGAUAUCCACACCAAUAAUUUGCUCUCGAGUCUAUCUCCUGUCGGUUUUCCAUCACUUUAUCAUGUUGUUGCGAGUCCAAGUACCUCCAAUAAUACCAUGAUUCCCAAGCCAAGUAAAAAUGCCGAUAUAUCUAGUUUGCUAACCCUUGGAAGUUCAACCCAAACUAUUAAGAAAUUUGACAGUGAAAAAACAACACAAUUCGUACUCUUUGGUCAACCCAUAGUUAUUGAACAACAAACCUCUCAAAGCAAUUCAAGAAUUAGUGUUUCUCCCCGUCAUGCAACGAAUAGUUUUUCUGAUGGGAAUGAAUAUAAAAAAGAGAAUACCUCUGAUUCCUCAGAUACUUCAUUUGUUCAUAAUAGUGUACAACAUUACUUACCAUCUCAAUCAUUUCGAUCAGAGGAAAAUGUGGAGAUUGGACACUCUAAAGUUUUCAUAGAAUCUGAAGAUAUAGGACAAACAAAACAACUUGGUGAAUGGUGA